AUGGGCGGUGUGGCUAUGGGCUCGCCCGUUGCCCUUCUUUUGGCGAAUAUAUUCAAAGAAAAGUUGGAAUCUUACCAGCUACGUCGCCAUAUCAACGGUCUGGGGUACUAUGCACGGUACGUGGAUAAUAUUAUUCGAAAUUGCACCGAAAUAAAGUGACACCUUAAUUCUACUGGAAGAUAUAAAUCAGGCUCACCCAAGUUACUUCAGCGGCAGCUUACCUCUGAUUGCUUUUGCAAAUCGAGUAUGUGUCGGCCGCAACAGUUUUGACUGAUAAACAAGCGCACUCGCACCAGUGUCAGUCUGGCCUUUUGACCAAUUGCAGCCACGCAAGCAGAUUAGUCAGCUACAUGGUCGUUUUGAUAUGCCCCCUCCCAAGACUGUCACAAAUGCUCAACUCUGACAUGGGAGGCCACUCUUGCGGCGCUCAAUGUGUGCCAACUUCUUUUAACCUGUUCUCCACUAUUAUAUACUUAAGCUCGCCUUAGCCGCAAGGCAAGUACACGAAUAUAAAACACGUGAAGCACUGCAGUAUUCAAGUAUCCGAACUGUGCACUCGUAGUUUCGGCAUGUUGUAAACUGCGUACUGUUGGCCUUGUGGAAUCACGGUACUUGCGAUUUGCGAGCCUCAGUUUUCGGCUUUAAACACGACCCUCUGUUUUGUUUUGAAGAUUGCUGUGCCAUACAUAUGCGAUUGCCGUUGAAAAAUUGUCGCUACACUUUUGGUCGACCAUUGAUCGUGAUUCAUUUAAUUAUAUGUACUGCAUUUAUUGCCUAUUUGUCCUAUAAUUUGAAUUACUCGAAAAUUACAAAAAUCAAAUCUUAAUUUCGCGCACCUGACAUUUUGCUAUGUAGCCACUUAUUAAAUUUGAAAGCGAUAAACGCGCAAAUGCUUGGUUGGAAUAGAUGACCCGCGACUAGUUUUGAACUGGAGUCGGUUACAAUUAAUAAGAUAACGAUUCGACUGUAUAUUCUAGUUCGGUAAUUUAAGAUUCUUGUACUCCAUGUAAAUGAUUCACUCGACAUUGCAAUUUACACCAGUUUUUAGCGGGGACUGGGCUUCGGAUCGUCGAAAGUCACAAAUACGCAGGCAAGCUGAAUGAAGUGUCUCAGCUACGUCUUGUAUCUGAGCUGGUCGGUAGGUAAUAGCCCAAGCCUAGUGGGUGAAUCACAAACCAUUGUCUAUGCUAGGGCUUUUGAAGGCAGACUGUGCGUCAGAACGACCAUACUUCCUUGAAUUCUCUUUCAGCGAGAGAAGGUAUAGAAAGCGGUCGGCCGCCUUGUAGCACCAUUUGGGGUUGGUGUUUCACACGGACUGGAGGCAACAAUCAUGCGUCAGGUAAUAUAACCGAAAGGCCCGCUGCCAUGUAUACAAACGUCUGGAGAAAUUUAUAGUAUCUCGUGCCGUUGAGAACAAAACAACUACGUGGGAGAAACAGAAAGCAAACUCCAAACAUGAAUGAUUUAAACACGCUGCAGCGGUGACGAGAAAUGUCGUCAGCUCUCUAGUUCCGGCUCAUUCGACGAGUUUCGGCCACACAUUCAAAUCUGAAAGGCCGAAAUUCUCGAAAGAGGCGACAACCAGGUAAACCGGGAAUUAAUCGACUGAUGGUUUACUGGUCUUCAGUUCAUUAACAAGUGCAUUCUCGUUUCAUACUCGGUGCUGAGACUUCACCUUUGCGGAGUAAUUGGCCGCGAGGGGAGCACACAGGUGAACACUUAUCCCAACACCAGUGUGGUGCGUCAGAUGGUCGAGAAAUCAUCUCACCAGCAUGCAAUAAACGUGAUGCAAUUGCAGCAAUUAAUGACGCGAAUGUCGGCCAUGAAAAAGAAGCCCACCACGUGCGAAGACCUCGCAUAAGGGUGGGGGGGGCGUGAAUUCUCAUAUGUAUGCUUUGGCAUGAUGAUAGCAUCCUAUAAAUACUGCAGCCACUUGUGCAUGAACCACCCGUAUCUGCGUUUGUCUCUGAUGAUGGGCUCGUGCAGGAAUACGAAACAUCAGGCUAAUAAAGCCAUUGUCCCGGCGAUCGUGUCUCCUUCAUCAAAAGCAGGCUGUAUAACGUGUCAAAGCGUAUUGAUGGCGUUCUUGAUUGGUUGAAUAGUGGGCCGCGCUCUGGAUGCGUGUAGAAACGCUUGACAACAGGGGAGUGUAUUAUAUUGCAUAUGUUGUCGGAGUUGGUGGGAGGCAAAAUAGCCUCCAGAAAUGCAUGCUCCAUCCAAUAGCUGGCUGGUGCCACUCUCCGCGUGAUCGUAAAGUUAGAUUUGCGGCCUUACUGCAGGGAGUGAGUGACGGCUUGAAACCGCUGGUCGCCUCUGUUACUCGCAGUUCAACAGGCCAAAGCGGUCUUUGGAGACGAAGUCGGUGUUCGGCUAUCUAGCAGGGCUCAUGAACGGACUGAGCUGCAGUAGUAUAAUAUCGCGAGCCGAAUGGGGACAGAGGUAACCAACAGAAAACUUUCGCCGCUCAAUGCCUUGCACACAAUCCACAAACCCAGCGUUCUCAUUCGGCCUAGAAGGCAGUGCAGCCCACAUUCUAACCAGAUCGAUUGUGCGAAGUCUACACUUUAAAAAAAAAACUGUCGCGGAUGUCUAAAUCUGUCAAUACUGUCAAACCUGAAAUGAGCAAAGUAUUAUUUCGACGAGAAUUUAUCGAAAGCUAUGUAUGCUCGCACCUCGUAUUAUGCUUACAUUAUUAGUCGAUGUGAUAUCAGUAAUUCAAUUUAUCCCACAGAACCAGGCACAGAAACUAGGUAAAGAUCUCGUUAAAUUACACAGAAACCUGUAAAAGGAGACUAACGGGAAUACUUUACAUUCUUUCACAAUCCGAUCUUACACUUUAAGGGCGGACAAUGCAAGAAGGACGCAGAUACACCAAUGGGCUCGACAUUACCCAGCUAAGUUUCCGAUUUGGUCCUACGAGAACGAGAAAAGGUUAUUUCACCACCACGAACCUGCGUUUUGAGGCCGAUGUGCAGACGACGCGAUUGAUAUGUGUGAGAGGGGUUAGAAAAUCGGACUGCCUGUGCUUAAACAAAUGAACUUAUUGCUGCGGGCUUGUGUGUUGGUAUGCCCGUUAUCCGAUAGUUGUCACGAGUACUACAAACAUGCGGAUGAACGGAAUCCUGGAUGCAUAAUAAUCGUUACAAAUAUACAAAUCAAAAAAUAAUGGCAACUCAGCUUACAUUUUAGUGUCAUCAGACGGGUUGAAGAGGCUAUAUAUUGUCCCGAAUCCAACUCGAAUCCUGCCAAAAGGCCUUGAAUCAAACUACGCGACCACGCGCAUAAUUCUGUUUGCCGGCCACGGGACGCGACACCAACUACUGGGGGGCAGGCCGACUGACAAUAAGGUCGCCAACAGACACGUUUUGUAUGGCCGGUUGAGGACUGCUAAUAAGCCAUAACGGGUCAUUUAAGUAAUACUUGUCUUUGCAGGCAAUGCUACACCUCCAUGUAUCCUCCAAACACAGUCACGCCUAUCUUUUACACAAUCGGGGCGCGGCCAAUUACUCAGCCUAGAAUGCAUGCCGUUAUCACACUGUGACACGAUAUACACCAAACCCUUGACUAAACACUGCCGCCUACCUCCACCUUAAUUGCCUUCCUUGUUAUUUGACUGCACAGCUGCUCACUGAAACUGGCAUUGUCAGUAAAAACGAAAGGACAAGUCCCAGGAAAUAGUCUUGAAGGAGGAGACGCGAUCGCUGAGACAGGAGCUUUACUAGCCUGACGUUUCGGAUUCCUGCUCGAAUCCAUUAUCAGAGACAACAGCAGAUACCGGUGAUUUAUGCACAAGGGGCUGCAGUAUUUAUAGGACGCAGUCGCCAUGCUACCGCAUAGCUAUGAAAACUCACGACUCACCCCUUCAUCCGGGAUCGCCGCUUGUUGGCCAACGUUCGCGUAGUUAAUUGCUGAAAUUUCAUUACGUACGUUGCAUGUUGGUGUGAUGAUUGCUCGACCAUCUGAAGCGCUGACCCUCUUAUUGGGGAAAGUGUUCACCAGUGCGCUCCCUGCUUGGCUAAUUACUCCGCCUAGGCGAAGUCUGAGCACCGAGUAUGGAAGGGGAAGAUCAUUGCACUGGUUAAUAAACUUGUGGUAAUUAAACCAUGAUUCAAGUAGAGUCUGAUCACGCUUUAAAUACAUUGCCUCUGUACUGCUGAAAGACUGUCAAGUCGGCCUUAUCAGUCAAAUACCUUGUCAAGCUGGCUUACAACACGUUCGACGUAAACUGCUUUCCUGCUGUCAAAGUUUGAAUUCCCCAUUUAGGCGUAAAAUACGUGGAUCGUUAAAGACCUAAUCAUACUCAAAAAGGCUCACAGGCGCACAAUCUAACUAUUUAAAGGACAGGUAUUUCUGCUUUGCACAUCGAAUAUGACCACUAUGUUCUGCUGCAAAAAACACCCCAGUCACAGUCAUUCAGCAACUCUCUCUAGUUAAUUAUGUAUACUAAUUGUCCCCAAUUUUGACGAUUUAAGACCUUUUUGCAUGUUAAACCUUUAAAUGGAAAAUCUGGCCAAUAAAUUUUAUAGGGAAUAUAAUUUUAGAUUUUGUCGUUGUGACACGCAUUUUUAUGUACAUGACAGUAUUAGCCUACGGAUAUUCGAUUUUCUCUCACAUUAGCGAGUACAACAGGCGCCCCGACAAUGCUCAUUAUAGGGAGUAUGCUCUUACAACCAUAGUCGAGGCAACGUACUGCCUAUGUCAUAUGCCGCCGUGAGGUUGCUGGUUGGGCUCGAGAGAGAGAGUCCGUAAGGCAAAGCGGAACGAGUAAAUUUUGUAAGAACGAUCGGUGAGCGCCCCCUAUCAACGCUCAUUAUGUUAAUGUGAUCAUGGGAAUCCUCGUGUACGGGUUCAAAUUCGUAACUUGGUAUGUUACACAGCGACAUGCUAAAUGACAAGGAUAAUGUGACUUCGACUUAAGACUUCAUGAAUUCCGCACACUGAUGCUUGCGCAUGGUAAACAUUUCUCGAUCGGGAUUUGUUUGAAUUCCGGUCUGCUGGACAGACUAUUAUGCAUUUUCUACGAACAAAUUACAGUCAUGCCGUUAACGGCAAUGAAAUGUCAAUUGCCUAUAUGGCCUUAGAGGAAUAAAAUGGCGUAUAAAAGAGUUCUGCUGCACAAUGUCAAAUGGGUGAGGGACUGAGCGGGCUGACGGGUGUAGCCUUGGCAAUACGAUGCCAAAUCUUGUUGAAUGACGGCCCUCGAUUUAAAGCAGGUCGAUAGGCAUUUUACACACUUAAUGGGUCAAACAUGUUGCUGAUGAAUGUGUGAGCGCAUAUUACAUCAGACUGUGUGCACAUACUGCGUCUACAAUAGAACGAAAGUGUCGAACUUUAACGAUACGCAUAAACGAUUGAGUCCACAUUCAACUCUACUGCCAUAAGGGGGUCAGCUUGUAAAAACGUUAAUACACAUAUUCCAUAUAUAAGCUGUGUGGUCACUCUUGACAAGGGGGGGGGGGGAGAUUUGAAGUUGAGAAGAUAGAGUAGAUCGAUGCAAGUGCUACUUCUGCACGCUAGCUGCUGUAUCAUGUGCUAGGAAAGAACCUCGUUGGUCGAAUCGGGUGGGGGGUGUGUGUGUUUGAGCGUAGAAUUAACGUAAAUACUUCACAUUCGUUCAAAAUCCAAUUUUCAUUUUUAAGAGCGGACAGAGAUUCAGAGUUGGUUCUACGAGAGCUAGAAAAGGUUCGCUUUACCAACGCGAACCAGCUUUUUGACGCCGAUGCGUAGACGACGCGAUUGAUAUAUCUGAGGGGGAGAGUGAGAAAAUCAAACUGCCUGUGUCUGAUUAAUAACCUCUCUCGCGACAUCCUGUUCACAUAUAAAAUCAAGGAUAUCGAACAUUUGUCUUUAGCAGUGAGGAAAUCAGUUAUACGGUUUAUGAAAUGCGAAUACCGAAACUCCCGUAUAUCGCUGUUAUAACAAUUGCAUUUGAGUUAAUACAUUGCAGUACGUCCAGCGGGCGGACGAGUACACAACCAGCGGCAUGUUCGAAGACUACUAGAAAGUAAUGGAAUACCCAAACAGCUCCAUCAGCCGCUGCCUCCAGAGAAAGAUCCGGCAGCUCUUUGUCAAAAUGAUGAUUCAAUAGGACGCGUUUUGAUGCCGAUGCGUAGACGCCGCGAUUGCUAAGUCUGAGGGGGUAGAGGGUGGGGGUGCAUAUUUGAAUUUAAGUUAAGGCAUUUUAGUAAGUCCAGCUGGCCUAGGAGUGCAGAAACAGCUGCAUGUUCGAAAAAAACUACGAGAAAGGAAUGAAUACCUUAACAGCUGCAUCAUCCACGGUCUUUCGACGUGCCCUUGCGAAGCAAACGAGAAACAACCAUCAACUUUUUGACAAAGUGAUCAUUCAGAACAAAUGAACGCAUUGCUGCUGGCUUGUGUAUUGGUACCCCCUUUGUCUGACAGUUUCUAUAAGUAACUCAACCAUGUAGAUGAAGGGGAGCCUGAAUGCAUGAUAAUCUUUAUAAAUAUAUUGAUUAGAAAUAAGGACAACUUAGAUCAAAAUUUAUAAAGUGUCAUCAAAGGGGUGUCGGAGAGGCGACACAUUGUCUCAAAUUCCACUUCCAUCCUGUCAGAAGGCCUUGAAUCACACUUCACUCUCACGGGCAUAAUCCUGCUUGCCGGCAAUAUGAUGGCACCGAGGGCCAGACUGUCUAACAAUGACAUCACCAACAGACACGUUUUGUACGACCGGUGGAGGACAGCGAAUAAUCAAUAAGGGGUCAUUCAAGCCUCCCUUGUCUUUGUAGGCAAUGCUACACCCCCCCGAGGUAUCGUCCAAACACCGUCAGGCCUUUUUUUUACGCAACCGAGGCGCGGCCAAGUACUCAGUCUAAAAUGCAUGCCUUAUCACACUAUGACACGGUAUGCACCAAAAUCUCGACAAAACACUACCGCCUUCCUCCACCUUAAUUGCCUUCAUUUUUAUUUGACUGCAAAUCUGCUCACUAAAGUUUGAAUCCUCACCUUCGCUGACAAUGACCUUCAACGCAUUUCUGAAGGCUCUUGCGCGAAGUCUAUAGCCCUACUGGUCUUGGUGCUCUCGGUAACACCAGGUCGCACCAGUCACACUUCCUCGCUGUUAGACUACAAGAGCUGCCCUGUGGCCGUCAAAUUCUGAUUUCCGUAACGAUGGCCUCAUUCACGAGCCGAGGACUCUGACGAGUACAUCUAUUAUUCAGUGGUUCUGCAGUCAUUAUCUCGGCAGCAGAUUAUCGGAUUCAAUUUUUUAUCCAACAGAAUAUAUUGAAUCAAAAUUAUGCGCCUAAAUAUAAGGACGGUGCAUGUAUUCGGGAAAUCCAAACUGAACCAGCACAUAGAUGAUUUAUUUAUGUUUAUAUGAGAAGAAGUAAAGCAACCGAUUUCCUAUCCCCUAAAUGACAUCUUAUGAUGACCUAAAAGUCAGUGAGGAUGGAGCAAAGAAAGGGCAUCUCCUUCAGUCAUUACGUCUAUAUUUUAGAGGAAAGCAAAUCUAAUAUUACCAACUGCUAGGGAGAGAAGUGCGCAAUGAUGGAGACUGAUUUUUGCCAAAAACGCUGCUCGCAAAGGUAUUUUGAUGAUGAUUGUUUCACAGUCUAGAUCGACAUUAAUGGGGCAAACUCAGCCGAAAAAAACAUUAUAAAAAACAUCCUGAUGUGGAUUCAUAGGCUCUUAAUCAGCCAUUCUCAAAAUUUCCGAGUAGAUGACAGGGUGUUGGCAGUGUCGAUGGAACCCGAUCUGUGAACCGCGAUGUUCGCGCCUAAAUGGUAAAACACUACAGAAGGUUGACACACAAAACAACUAGAGUAUUAUCAGGCUUUAAUUGCAUUGCCUCUGUACUGCUGAAAGACUGCCAAGUCUGCGAAAUCUGUCCAAUACUUUGUCAAGCUGGCUUACUGCACGUUCGACAAAAACUGUUUGCUGCAGCCACAGUUUGAAUUCCCCAUUAAUGCGUAAAAUAUCUGGAUUGUUAAAGACCUAAGCAUAAUCAAAAAGGUUCACAUGUGAACAACCGAACUACAUAACGGACAGAGAGUUCUACCCUACUUACCGAAUAUGACCACUCUGUUCUACGUGACAUAAGAGUACCACAUAUAAAAGCUCCUUGUAUUCGUCGAUGAUUGCGUAUUUUAACACUUGAAUAGACCCUGUCAGCCCCGACGUCACCGUUGACCUUCCUGCAAAAAUUACUUCAUUAGCAUAAGCCUGUCCAGUUAAUUAUCUAUACUGUUGAUCUUCAAUUCUGAACAUUUCAGAGCUGAUUGCAGAUUACCGCACGGUACGCUUUUAUAUGGAAAACCUGGCCAAUUACUUUUAUAGGGAAUAUAAUGCUUUAUUUUUUUUCGUUGCGAUCAACGUAGGUAAAACACAUUUUAAUGUGCAUGGGAGUAUUGGCCUUUGAGUCUUCGAAUCUCUCUCUCGCAUUAGUGAGUACAAAAGGUGCCGCGACAAUGCUCAUUAUGUUAUAAGGGUAAUGAUUAUCAUCUUAUACCGGUUGGAAUUCGUAACUUCGUAGGUUAAACAACGACAUGCUGGAUGAAAAAGAUCACUUGAAGCCGACUUAAGACUUCAUGAAUUUCGCCCACUGAUGCUUGCGCAUUGUGAAAAUUGUCGAUCGCUUAUGCCUACAUCAGUGUGCGGAAUAUGUUUGCACUCCGGUCUGCUGGACGGACCAUUACGCCUUUUCUGCGAACAAAGUACAGUCAUUCCGUUGAUGGCAAUGAACUGUCAAUUGUCUAUGUGACAUUUAAGGAAUAAAACAGCUCAUGAAAGAGUUCUGCUGCACAAGGUCAGAUGGGUGCGGGGCUGACGGGCGUAGCAUUAAUGAUACGAUGCCCGAAAAAACGUUGAAUGGCUAACCAUAAUUUGGAGCAGGUCGAUCGAUAUUUUUGCACACUAAAUGGGUGAAACUUGGUGGUAGUGAAUGUGUGAGUGGAUAUUACGACAGAUUGUGUGCGCAUACUGCGUCUACGACAGAGCGCAUGACUCGCACUUUAACGGUACGCAUAAACGAUUUAGUUCACAUUCAACUCCACUACCGUGAAUGGAUCAGCUUUUAACUGCUUGAAUACAUAUAUUGUAUAUAUAUACGCUGUGUGGUCACUCGUUGACUUAGGGCAGAUGCGAAGUUGGAUAAAUUAAAAAUAUCGCUGCAAGUGUUGUCAGUGCCCGCUAGCUGCUGUAUCAUGUGCUAGUAAAAGCCUCGUUGUUCAAAUCGGGUGGUGUGUGUGUGAUCGUGUCUAACAAAACCCGUUGGGAAAAGACUACAUCAUUUACGCGACAGCACCUACACUAGAUAUCGUGAAUCACACAUUUUCGCCUCCUCAAAACUUCCGCAUUUACAGGUAAACAGGGAAUCGGCUAUAUGUUGAUAUGCAGAAUCUGCUCUUCGUGCAUGCUGACAUGUGAGCAAGCCUCGGUAGUCAAGGUUAUGUGAACAAAUAACUUCUUGCCUUUUUUCCCCAGACGGUCGUUUGCUGUACUUUCCGAUCAUCCCAUUGGACUUUCAGGUGUUCUAAACAUCAAUUUCGAGAGGACCAUUGUCACUUAAAUGAAACUGGUAUUCACUUGUGUGAUUACUUUAGAUUCAGGCUUGUUCUUUCGCAUCGCAUUCAGUGGGCCAUGGAUGUUAACAGAGAAUUCACGAUUUUACAAGUCAAUAUAUCACUGCGUUUGCCAAUAUUCAAUGACUGUAUUCAGACUAACCCACAAUGCGUUAUAUCCCUUAAAAACAAAAUUUACAUUUCCGUCAAUUGAUAUGCAUACGUCGUACAUACGAGUCUUGCGUACUCUCGGUUGCUUGUAAAUCUGCUCACUUGUAUUGCAUUAUUUAUCUCAUCACAAUUUGCCGCGGCGAGCAUUCUUUUAAUGAUAUUUUACAUUCUAUUAUUGAUCAUUCACCUAUACGCAUCAAACAAAUGUAAAUGCAUCACAAUUACAUACGCGACAAACACCACUAGUCGAAUACUUCAAAAGUUACGCAAUUCCUUGAUUUUUCAGAUUUAGAUUCGAAACAAAUAGGGCCAAUUUUUAGAUUCUCCAGAAGCACAGAUCCGCAUAUGCAGUCUGUAUGUGGAAAAUGCAUAAUUUUGGCUAACUGCAUUGCAUUACACGUCGAUACACAUCGUUCCGCGGACUGGGAAAAAUUAAGCAGCAUAAAGAAUUAACUUUGUAUUAGAAAAAUUGGGAAAUAUAAAACAACGGCAUCAGGAAUUUUUUAGGCGAAGUUGCAAACCAAGAAAAUGAGGGGAUGAUAUAUAGGCACGUAUACGGAUCAAUUCUGCCGUCGUUGUAUUUUCCUUUCAACAUGCCUUCAUUCCACUGCAUGUAUCUGGCAUCUCAAAGGUAACUGUUCAAUACUGAUCAUUAGUGCACCCGUGUCAGCACGAAUGCUUAUCCAUAAUGGCCAAAUUUAACGAUGCGAUCAAAAAUAUUAAGCAUUGAGCUGCACACUUACAUGCCGACAUGUCAGGUGGCCUUUCUGACGUUACUUUUCUCGUGGAGACAGCCCACACCAACCUGCGUGCGUCAGUAGUCAUGCAGCACUAAAUACAAAACACAUCGAGUGCAAAUUUAAAUAAAAAACAAUUAAGUGCAUUCAUGCAACACACUCAUGGCGUAUCGCAAUAAGUAAUCAUAUAGUGAAAGUAACUCCAAGGCUACUCAGGCCCUCAGUCAAGAGUUGGUAGCUGUCUUGGAUCAUAACUAACUUCGACGCGGUACGAAGCUACCAUGCACAUGGUAAUUAUCCUGACAACGUUAUUAUACGAGAGGAAUAACUGGACCACUUAAAGUAAUCGAUACGGGAAAGGCAAUCACUGCCAUUUCAGCUGUCUGCGAAGAAUCCUACGAUUGAGGCGGCCGGAACGGUUCCCAGACAUGGAGGUCUUUCAGUUUACAAUAAUGUUCAGCGUUCCCACCAUGCUAGAGCAUCUGCUAUCCCAAAAGGGACCGGCAUUUUGCACGAAUGGAGAACAAUAGUCGCUACGCGUUUUUGUUGCUAAGUUGAGGGAAAACGACAUAACAUUUACAACGCCUAGAAUCAAAAGAAUAUGGCGCAAGUCUACUAUUACCAUAAAAUAAUUUAACUUCAUGUGUUUAUGCAUGAGCUCACUCUCAUACUGGACACAUGGUGGACGACGUUGAAAUCGACGCCUGAGGCAUAAAGUGAGGCGGCAUUCGGUCACCAUUGUGAAUUAGAAUUUAUUAUGGCAAUAUACAAGCGAAUAUGAUGAUUUCGCCUGCAGUUACGUAAAACGCGUAAUGUGAAAGGCAUGGACAUACAUGUACAUGGAAAAUUUAAAUCCCACAAAACUGGAUACUAAAUAAAUUGGUCACGCAUAUGCUCUCGAUAAGGUUUAAUAUGGUUUUUAAACCACAUUGCACUUACAAAUACGCAAAUUAACGAAACAAGUAAAGCGGUAAUUAGAGCGCAAGCCUGAUAUUCUGAUGGAAAAUUAUGAUUUAUAAUUAUCACCGCAUUGCACCCACAUACGUCGAGAGUGGUGCGGUCGACAAGAUAAACAUUGCGAAUCAGAAGUCAAAGAAGACGGAGAGAGUUGGACAACCCUACCCAAAGGAAGUCGCCGCGAUCGCGCUCCAAGGUUGUUUCUGUCUGGGUCCGCCUACGAGGUGUCUGAACCCUGCGAGUAUGUGCACCUCUCGUUGUCUCCGCGUCCCUCAGCCAAUCAGAGGAUGGACCACGUUGAUUGUCCUGGAGCACUCGCGAGGCUAGUGACAAGCAACCCACGCGUCCCAGCAGCGUGUCGACAGGGAGUGUGAGGCCGACAGGACGGCUGCGUGGCAAAGGUUUAGGGCAAGGAGACGGCAACUGCCAAACGUACACUGAGUGACUGAUCUCAUGAAACAUUGGCUAAAAUCCUAAAAUGCGCUUUCGAGUAGGAAGUAUUACUUAGGCGCAGUUUUAAUACGGAUCAUCCUGCGGUAUAAUCUUAAAUUUUUUAGGUCUUUGAGGGAUGCUGGCUUUUGAAUACACUGCUUUCCAAUCUCCUAUAGAAACCGUACUCGGUAAGAUAUGAUUACUUACAUUUCAUGCAUUUACCUAUUGAUUGUCGAUGGUGUAACAAAUUCAAAUAUAUUUUUGAGAAACCACGAACAAAAUAUGCUUUAUUUUAGUCGUUUGAUAGAGAAUCACGUCAUCUCUAUAUUUAUACUUGAAAGGAGAGUAUAAUUAGGUUUUAGCAAAUGUUUCUAAUUGCCGAGCAAUUUGGAGCGUGAUCAGUCGUUGCAUUAAUGCUUUGUGAAUUCAGGCUUCAAGGUGCGGGGAUUCCGUGGAAAGAAAAUCGCAAAGUCCGCCAAGAACGUGAAGUGACGACCGUAGAACAGACUGCAGAAUUUCUUGACGCAAAACACGAGGGCUAGAACAAUUUUCUCUAUUUGCCCAUAGUUCUUCUCUGCAGGACUAAGCGUGCGAGAUCCAUGCAUGAUUGACUUUUUAAACCCGUAAGGAAAAGUAUGUGAGAUUGUGACGCAUACUCCGUGGUUGGAAGCAUUUGCAGCAAAAACUAUUGGCAGCGUCGGGUCGUAGUGCGUUUGCAGCAGAUCUGAACUCAGCAAAGACUUUGCCUGAGCGAAGCCUCACUCUUGCAGUCUGACGGCCAGUGCCAGGGAGCAUCAUUUUGCAGCAGACGGUUGAGCGGUGCCCGUACGUCAUGCAGCUAUGACAGGAAGCGCUAUAGUAGGAAACGAACGAAGUUGCGAUACAUUCUUGGGUGCAGGCAUCCGUUUGAUGGUCCGAAUGUUCUCAGGAUCUGGAUGGCUACCAGUGUCGUCAAAACGAAGUUGAGGCACUUGAUGAUGUCGAGGUAGAAUUGUCACUUGUCAGAGCUCAAGUAGAAGCCAUGUUCAUGCAUUUUCUCGAGUAAUGCUCAGAUUCGGUCUUGUAGAUAAUCAGGGGAGCGACCGACAAUGAUGAUAUCGUCCAGGUAUCCAGCUGUGCCAGAAAUACCGGAGAGCAUUGAGUUCAGCGUUCGUAGAAAUAGGCUGCGGCUGUCUUAACACCAAAGAACAGCCUAAUGUAUUGAAACAGACCGCGGUGUGUAUUGAUGGUCAAUUAUUCGCGUGACUUGGGAGCAAACUGGAUCUACAAGUACGCACCAGCGAGAUCCAACUUGGCAAAGGGCCACCACUUAGCAGGGUGAGUAACCAGCUGAUCUGGCAUUGGAUAACAGUUUGAGGUCAGCGCGGCAUUAAGAUCGGUGAAAAAGUCAGCACAAAUGCGGUUCGAACUAUUGAGCUUCCUAACCACAACGAUUGGAAUUGCCCAAGCAGAGUAAGGUUUGCAUGGUUGCAUUGCAGAUAUCAACGACGAAGAUUUAUCAGCUAGUGAUACUAGCAUUCGUUUCAGAUUUAAAAGCAUAAUAUAUUUUCCUCAGCGUGUUAUCAAUUAAACGAGUCAUCAUCUGAUAAAUCUCCGUUCAGACUACGAAUGCCAGCAAAUGCAUUUGUAUUUCCCUUUUACAAUCGCUGAUUAAUUUCACAACAAAUUCAUGCAGCAAAGACAUAGGUCCCCUAAGGAAAAUGGUUAAUAUAAUACUUAUGCCUAAGAACGCAGGCGAAACACUUUUCACAUUGGCAAGUACCAGUAAACGUUUCCUUAUUCAGUCGCAAAUGCCUUUUAGGUGUCUUCUUAAAGCUGGUCAGAGUUCCAGGUUAGAGAAUGCGUUAUUCUCCUGCCAAUUAACAUCCACAUUUAUCGGUGUAAUUAGACUUCCUUCUCAGAAGUCCUGGUUAUAGUAUAUACAGUGCGCCACCGAUCUCAUGAAAUGUUGGCCGACAUUGUGAAAUGCGUUUUCGAUUAGAAAGGUUAACUUAGACGCGGUUGUAACAGUGAUUAUCUUGUGACAUACACUUUUAACAUGUCAGAAUCGGCAGUAUGUCAGCUUUUAAAUGAACUUGUUAUUGACCUCCUGUAGGAAACCGACUAGGUUAAGAGUGAUUACUUUUGUAGCAUGCAUUUUCCCUUUACUUGUGGAUGGUAUUACAAAUUCAAAUAUAUUUCUUAAAAAAACGCGGAUGGAAAAUGCAUUAUUUUACUCAUUUGAUAGAAACUUACGUCAUCUUUACAUCGCAUACUCGAGGAAGGAGUAUAAUUGGGGUUUGAAAAGUUUGCAAGUAUGGGAUUUUUCAAAUCUGUGCAAUGUCCAUUCCCAUCUCAUCGUACCCGUCCGUUUUCCAAGGCUACUCAUGAAAUAUACAACAUGGUUCGCAUCAACUGCAACAUGUAAUUGACUCUAUACGGCAUCUUUUCAAAGGCACAAAAUAAUAUAUGAUUUUCCUUACACGGAACUCAUGAACCUUGCGGACUGAAACCACUGAAAACUAAUUCAACGGCUGAGCAGGACCCAAAUUAUUCGGAAAGUGCAAAACUUUUAUAAAAAUAAUUAUUCUUUAUCUUCAAGUACACAAUAAAAAGAUGAAGCGAUUCUUUAUCAAAUGAGUAAAAUAGAACAUUUUCAUCCGUGUUUUUCACGAAGUGUAUUCGAAUUUGCAAUACCAUCGAAAAUUAAUGUGAAAACUUCAUGCUACAUAAGUAAUCAUUCUUUAUCCGGUACGGUUUCUACAGGAAGUCGAUACGAAGUACAUUCCAAAGCUGAAAUACUGUCAAGUCUGAAAUGUUAUAAGAUUAUGCCACAAAAUAAUCAGUGCUGCAACAGGGCCUAAGCUAUCCUUUCUAAUCGAAAACCCAUUUCACAAUUUCGGCCGGCAAUUCAUGAGAUCGGUCACUCACUGCAUCAAACGACGAUAUCCUUGCCCAUUCUUGCAUCCUCUAGCAAAUUAUUAAUUGCUGAUAUAAAUGCUGUUAAAAUGAUCAAACAUAGUGAACUACGUUCUCCUUUCCUUCAGCGUCCACUGAAAUCAUAACUGAGUGCAGCAUGUAACGCUGUCUUCACUGUGUGCCCCAUAAAUUGAAACCAUUUCUAGACGUCGGCAAAUGACCAGCUGAAUACGUUUAUUUCUUCACGAGAAUGUUCCUCAAGUACCUUAACAAUUUUAUUAAUCCUGUCUAGGUGAUCACGCACCCCUAUAUGGUGAACGGUCGUGCAAAUAUUCUGACAGUCGCAUUUACUUCUCUUUUGAGACGCGUUCCACUCAAACCUACGAAAUGAUCAAUUAGAACGCAGUGUACCCAAACAUGUCAAAAUGUUGCCUUGGUUUCUUAAUUCCAUCAUCGCACACCUCUUAUAACGCACAUGCACAUAUAAAUACACGGAGAAUUCGCCUGCAACAGCACAGCUUGUAUUGCAAAGUAAUUUGCAGCCGUAAACUUCCCUGAGAAUAUUAGCUCAGUUAAACUGAUUAGUAAAUAUACCUCUCACCUUAAUUCCUCAUUAAUUUGGUUUUAGCGAGCAUGUUUAUCGCCAGUAUUCUUCCUGCACUUUUUGCGUGUGUACUUGGUAGGUUAACGCUAAAAUAAUGUUUUAAUAGUCGGUUUGUGAUCUCCGAUAAAGGUCAACAAAUAAACGUAUGCGUUGCCUCUCUGAACUUAAACAGUUUUUUUCAUUACAGGUGCCGAUGAGUCCGUUGUGAAUUUAGCGUUGAACUCAAACAUCACUUUUCCUUUUAUUAACCUACGGAAGCCGCAAGUAAGCCGUACAGUCUUUUACAUUGUUACGCUGUUACUUAUCCGACUGCGUAAUGGGAAAUUUUUUUAUAUUGGAGUCGGUCUUGCAUGAAAAUGCGGUAAUUCAAGACGGAUCAAAAUCCAUGUCGUGUGAAACAGGUGAGCCAUGUUAUCAGUUAUUAGCAAGUGGGCGCAUUACUUCUAAUGAUCCGGCCUCUUAAGACCCUUGGAGCAUUUAUGCAUGUUCCCUAAUCUAAAACAUUGCUUUUGAUUCGCUGUGUAUGCCAUGCGUUUAGUUUUUUUUUUUAUUUGUUUGGUAUACAGGCUAAUUCCUAUUGGUGCUUUAGAGACAGAAAUCAUGCAAUUUUCACUGGAUGUUAAAAUGGUGAAACGGGAACCAUCGUAGUCUAUCCUGCCAUCUUUCCUGCACUCUGAUUCAGUUAAAAAAUAAACGAAUAUGAUAACUCUGUAAUUAGUGCCACAUUGAUUUUGCUGCAGCCAUUUAUCCGUCUGCGCCGAACACAGACUUCACUGUGCCUUUACUUGACGAACCGACACCGCGCGUAAGCCGUGCAUUCUUUUGAAUUUGAACGCUGAUAAUUAUUGUACUUCGUAAAGUGGCACUUUUAUAAUGCAGUCGGUCUUCCAUAAGAAUAUGGCACUUCGCGAGGGAUCUAACUCCCAGCCCUGUAAAAUAGGGGAGCUAUGUUAUCAGUCAUUAACAGGUGAGCACAUUUCUCCUAAUGGUCUGCCUUUCUAAGACAUUUAAGGCAUUUAUUUAUCUCCCCCAGAAUAUAAACUUUUAAAGAGGGCAUUAUUUUUAUGAAGCCGCUUAUGCUUUGCGUUUUUUAUUGUUUUAUUUAUUCGGUUCCCAAGAUGAUUUCCUUUGCCACUUUGUAGACAGAUAAUAUGCAUUACUCGGUGGAUCUCCUGAUGGUGGAACCGGAAUCAUCGUCGCCUAUUCCGUCGAUAAAACUAAAUCGCCAUCAGCAAUAAUUGUCCAGAAAAAAGGCGAAACUUCAGUUGGUAGACAUACACGUUUUUCACUAGAACAUUAUUUAUGUCAUUGGGAAAUAUGUUGUUCUAUGUUUACUUUUAUGCAACUGAACGUUAUUGAUAUAUUUUGCAUUAGGUACAUUCUGUGCGCUAGUUGUCGUGGGUUAGUAAUUUAGUUCAGCGUGUUGUAAAAUGCCUAUCUUCAAACAUAAUACAUAUGUAUGACCACCAUUCAUAACGUUUACGUUCGAUUCCCCUAUCUUAAACCUAACCUUAUAUACUGAGAAUUAGACUUCCAAUGACGAGUCAGAAAUGCAUUAACGUUCGUGGUUUAGGUAGUCGAUAAGCCAAUUGUUGAAAAGUUCAAAGGUCGGUCAAACGUCAGUCCAAAUAUUACACCAUAUUUUAACUACUAUUAUGGAUUAACGUAAAAGGUUAUUUAAGAGCAACUGGCAUAGCGUGCCCUACUCCACCCUUAUGUUAAUUUCACUUUGAAAGGGGAUCAUUUGCCCGAGGCGCAGUUUAAUAUUGCAUGGGCUGACAAUGAUAUAUUAAUUAUCAUUUGUAAUAAAUAUUGUUCAACUGUGCAUUUUUAUGCCCAAUAUGCGUGUUUUUGGCACAGACUCGUCGAUCCCAGUACACGUUGGCGUGACUGAAAGGAUUGAACUGAAUACGACAGUUUCCGAAUCAGUACUUAUUUGGUAUGCUGACAGAGUUCAGGUAUGUAAAAUAGGUUAACGUACGAGCAUUAUAUUGUAGUCCACAGGUAACAUUUGGCAUCCACAAAACCUUUUCUUACGUAAAAUCGUCAUUUCAACUGUUAUUUCAGGACACAACAAUUAAUGAAAAUAUAGAGUUCGUGCUCGGUGAUUAUCGGCCUCUGAAAGGAUACGUCUACCUGCCCCCAUAUCGUAAGUUGGGACUGUUGGUCACCUAUUAUGUAUGCUUUAUGCACUAAAGUGCAGUGGAGAUUUUUCGUUUUAAAGUGAAUUAAUUAUUUGACCACAUUUGUUUAAGGAAAACAUCAUUUUACACUGAAAAGCACAUUAAAUAAGAAAGCAAACGACAGUCCAAUGACGAUUGAAACAAUUUUGCAUAUUUACUUCAUAUGCGAAGUAAAUUAUUUAAGUGAAAUCGAUAGCAAAUAAUAAGAACGUUGACAAAACUUUGGUGCACAGUGGUCAACCGUCGACAAGAGCAUCGAUUUAUGCAUUCUUUGUGUUUUAAAUCGAUAGUUAGAUCUGAAUUUUAAAAUUGGGGAAAACAAUUAAUAUUCGUAAAUUUGUUACAAUUACGCUAACAUGAAAUGUACUUCUUUGGUUUUGAUGCUAUCACUGCUUACUUGUCAGUUCAACCCCAAAUCUAACAAAUAAUGUUUGUUCCAAUUACCAACAGUCAACGAGGGCACUAAGGAACUGUCUCUUCUUGUCCUGACCGGACGACUUGGAACCACACAGAUGGAGUACGAGCUUAUGUUUUCCAAUUCCAGAUGUAUGAUAUUAAAAGUGGUUCCUGGUGAUGUUCCAGUUAUGGCGCCCAAAACAUUUCGUGUUGCCUUCAGUGAUGUGCACCAUUUAAACCUUGGAAACUCCUGCUCUGCCUCUUGCCAGCUAUCAUAACAGCGGCACUGCCUUGACAAUGCCUUUUGAUAUAUCUCCUGUUUGUGUUUCGACAGACUUAAAUGUACGCUAAUGGUACAUAUGUGGUGCUUUUGUUACUAAACAUAAGCAAUGAAUGUCAAGCUACUUGCACGCUUUUAGGGAAACACACCAUAUAAAACAACAUGUAUUGCCUGGGCUGCAAGUAGAUAGGUAACAAGUCGGUUUUCUUACCUAACUUAAUGAAUUUUCGGCAAGGCGUAAAAUCUCGCGGAUAUUGCAGACUAACUGAGAGAAAGGUUCAGGCCGAUUAAACUCAGAUUAACCACACCUAGCCCAGGGCCAUAAUUGAAUUCAACGAUUAUGUUACACAUAAAAGUCUCAAUGAGAAAACGAUUCCGUCCUUAGAGGUUGUGUCUUCCUACACUAGCAGUCCUGUUAAGGAAACGAUAGAACGUUUGCUUGGAGAGAUUUUACGGUACGUUUUCCCGAAUGUAAUUCUGGUCGGAAUCUCGAAGGGCUUGGCAUUUCGCUGCAUGUUAAAUGUGUUGUUUACAUUCAAGGGUCACUUUUACCACCAUAUCGACGGCAUAGUGAUGGAAUUGCCAUUUGUACCUCUACUGGUCGAUGUUUUCAAGGGUAAACGAGAGAAAAACCAGACAUGUACUCAUAAAAUUGACCCUUAUCUCUAUCAUAAAUAUGCUGGUGCUAUUUUGGCAACAGCGGAUAAGAAGCCUGAUGUGAACACCCUCCUGAACAUAGUUAACCAUGGUCACCCAGCGUUGAUCCAUACUUUAGUCAACCGAGAACGGAUGAAGCAAUCUAUUUCUUGUCGCCUUGAGUAAUCCAAUGCCGGAUGGACUACUUCGUAAAGGUGUAUUUCGUAAGUAAGGAAACCUGGGUAGGAACAUUUGCAACUGUCCACAUUUGUGUAGCUUUAAGUCAGAAAUAAAGUUCGGUCCACCGAUCGCGUUAGAGGAAUAUGCACUCUGAAUAGGCUUGAUAAUGUACUCGGCAAUAUACAAGGCUGCGAGAAAAGGGCAUUCAUGAAAAGUUAACGUACAAAUACACGGAGGGACGCCUUCAAAAACUAUGCAUACGAAGGCUGAGAACAACGAGUUAUUUCUCGCAUUGCGUCUCCAGAGGAUCGCCAUACGAUCUUCUGCAUCUCUGAUUAAACGCCACUGUCCACGUACCCAAACACUAUGAUAAUACUGGUGAUCAUUAACAUUGCCCGUCGCGUCUUGAAGGCAGUGAUAGACGGCCUUUUCAGAUAUCUUCAUUGCGUAUAUACGCAUUCAAUUGCUCCUGUCCGGCAGGUUAUAUUUGUGGAACAACUAUGCAUCUAUCCAAGCGGAUGCGAGAUCACCAUGUAGCCUGGCGAAAUGAAGUUGUAGCCCAUGUGGUUGACGGCGGCCACCUAGCAUUCCGAGUCAUCUAUCAAGUGCCGGCGAGACGUUCUAUGUUCCUGCGUCAGCGGAUGCCUGCGACGGCAGAUGUAGUGGUCGUAGAGAAACAGAGACAUAGUUAAUUUUCAGACACAUCACCCGUCCUUCUCCCUAAGUCACUGACACAACAGGUUUUUGACCCCUGACCUCUGACCGCCCUCAUGCCUCUCAUCCAGACGUAUCUUUAUUGAAUGUUCUACCCUUCCUUAUGUUACUGUACAGGCCACAUUAUGAAUGAUUGAAGGUGUACGUUCGCCGCACUUGCGUUUAUAAAUAAAAAAAUAUGUUGUUGUUUCAUGUCACGCCCCCUCAAGCGGACGGUGUACCCUCAAGACAGAUGCACUUCGCAACUUCGUAAAUGACGUAAUUCUUCAUGAUAAUAUGACUUCUGGUGUCACGAAAUAUGUAGGUGUUGAUGGUUGGGUCCUAAUGAAAAGAGACCAUUCAUUUCUGAAAAUCAUGGAUCAUUAGUUGUACGAAAAUAUUUACGUCACAGCACAUCCCGAAACACAUUUUCGUCUCGGUUACUGUUUCCACAGCAUUACCAUCAUCGGUUCUAUCUGCAUUGUCAACAGGAUCAUUCCAUUGCUGUCCUUCGCAGUGCUGUGGCAAUAUAAUAUAUUGAAAGUCAGCAAUCUAAACGCGAAAUGAAGAUAGACAUAAGGAUUAUAUUAUAAACUACAAAUUGCUGUGUCAGUCGGUGAAAAAUUAACGAUGUAAAACGAGUAGCGUUGUAUAAUUGCCUAAUCGUAUCAGCCCGCCAGAUUGUAAGCAUACAAGUCCAAUGACUAGAAAACCGCCGACAUGCAGUCUACUAUGGUACUGUCGUAACGCCCAGCUGGUAGUACGUUCUACAACUCGCCUCGAUCAAAUCCUUAAAUGAGAAUCCAACGGCAAUAGUGAAAAUGGCAACAAGUAUUCCAUUUGCCUGUCGUUUUCAUACGAAAGUGCGCUCUAAACAAAUCUCAUGAUGAACGCAUAUGCGAUUUUGAAAGCUUAGGCCUUCGUCAACUUCUCAGGACUUUGCCUGUUUAAAACUGUAUCUGACAUUUAUGCAUUGGUAAAAAUGCUUGUGUGCACUGCAGUGACAGUUCGACUGUCCUGUCAGACGACGCUCAGCGCCUACUCCCGAGUCGGGUAGAGCGUGCACAAGGACCUGCGUCUAAAUUAGUUUAAAGGGUGAGUAGACAUGCACAGUAAUUGACGCACGCGGGCUCGGUGCUAUCGCAGACACAAUGACCAGAGGCGCGUGAGGACGCAGGUGCGUCGUUUCGUCACAGGCCCCUGGUACACAACAAAAUUGUGAUCAGGAUUUUUAGCGUUAAAACAAGACAGCGGGUCAGAAAGAGCAGGAUUACAGAGCAGCCAUGAUCAAGACCUCUAUAUACAGCGGUAAUGCAAACGCCAAUUCUGACAUGGAACAUGCAUUGAAAAUCACUGUAAUUGGCCUACCUCGAUUAACGAUUGCUUCUACGCUUCACAGUCCAAUCCUUCUACAUUUAAUCCAACUUACUGAUGCUGCUAUUUAGAUGAAAUGCAACUCUUUGGCCGCUGCAAUAAAACUAAAAUGGUGUGAUGUGAGCGCUUUCACCCAAUACAAACACAAUGUUAAAGAUGUAGAAUCUAAUGACUAGAAAUCUCAGACACUCAGUCUGCUAUGGUAAUGUCGUCACACCCAGCUGGUAGUGCGUUGUACAACUCGCCGCGAUCCAAUCCUUAAAUGAGAACGCUUACUGAAUCCAAACAAAGAAAAUUGUACAAACCUUGAACGUUUAGGGCCAGCUAAUGGAACUAUGUCUUCGAGUUGUUGACUUGUCCGCCGGCCAUCUGACUCAUCCAAGUGGCUUGGCGUCCCCAACCAUGGUGAUAGCUAGCGAGAUAUUAACACUCGGAUGACGUAGGCGAAAGUCUACAGGAAGGCGUGUAUGCGCACGGAUAAAUUAGUUUGCGAACGAUUGCCUCAAUCUAGUUGACACAUAUGUACACAUCUCAUGUGGAUUGUCGCAACUGCCUUCAUUUAAACUGCGAUAUUAACGCUGUCGCCAAGAACGGUUCAGCCAGUAAUGUGCAACUGCACGCGCGGUUUUAUCGCAGUGAUCAAUAACAUGAGACCCCCUAUAGGAUGUCAACAACAAUAUCAUUACUUAAAACCAUGUUAUAAGGUAAGACAUAUUAUUAACGCAAUUAUUUAUAAAAUAAGAUGUUGCAGUAAGGAAAAAAUGCACCUUUAGAAUUGAAGAAACUUUAUUCACCGACGUUUCGUACUCCUGGUAGAAUCCAUAAUCAGAGGAAACGGCAUAUACGGGUGGUUCAUGAACAGUGGGCUAGAGUUUUUAUAGGAUGAAUUCGCCAUGCUACCGCAUACCUAUGCAUAUUCACGUAUUGCCCUUCAUCAGGGAUCGUUGCUCGUGGUGUGAUGGUCGAGAUUCGCGUCGUUACUUGCUGCAAUUUCAUCAUCUGCGUUGGACGCUAGUCUGAUGAUUGUUGGACUAUCUGAUCCGCCGCCUCUGGCGUUGGGAAAAGUGUUCACACGUGCGCUUUCCGCGUGGCUAAUUACUCCGCCUAUGCAAAGUAUCAGCAUUGAUUAUGGAAGAUGAAGGCCAUUGCAUUUGUUCAUGGACUAGGGGCUAGUAAGCCAUGACUCAAGUAAAUCCCGACUCACACGGUUGUCAGCUCUCGCGAGAAUUUCGGUCUCGUCGAAUCUGCAUGUGUUGCCAGAUCUCGUCGAAUGAGCCGCAACAAGAGAACUGACGUCAUUUCUGAGCACCGCUGCAGCCUGUUUGGUCAUUCGCGUUUGGAGCUGCCUUCGGGUUUCUCCGACAUAAUUCCUUGGUCUCCAAUAGCACGAGAUAUGAUGAAUGACUUCAGACGUGUCUAGCCGUGACAACGGGUCUUUCGGUUCUAUUACCUGACGCCUGAUGGCUGCCUCCGGUCUGUGUGAAUCACCAACCCCAAAUGGUGCAAGAAGGCGGCCGACAGCUUCCGAAACGUUCUUCAGAUACGGAAGCGCUUGGUAAAAUUUUGGAUCCGUGCGGGUGAGUGUGUGGCGACUAGGCGUACUGUACUUUGGCAUCAGCUCUGUAUCAAUCUUCCCUGUCGGAGAAAUCGUAUUUCUUUUGCUAAGAUGCGCAAACAAAUCGUCAUUGUUCGUGACAGAAACGAUGAGGGUCACACCUUCUGGUGGAUGCUAAUAGCAUAUGGACGGUUCAGUUCUCUCUGUACUGAAGGGUAUAAAUGCAUUCCCUGCAAUGCAUUGCCCUACAGUCACUACUCUUUUACUUGAGAGUUGCGAAAAUUCCCAUUGAAAAAUUCAAUGGGCAAUUUGGCGAGCAUAAGUCUGCUUUCGAUAACUUUAAUUCAGGCCUGUGUAUUUGACUUUCAGGCAUCGCAUGGGCCUAUUUGGCCGCAUGCACAUCCACGACGACCUGCGGUAGACAACCACCGGCCACACCACACAUUCACUCACUCCUAACCUCCUCCACCACCACCAUCACCCCACCAGAACUCAACACUCACACACCUCAUGCACCCAACUGCCACCUCGCACGCAAGUGGGAAGUGUGCAUCUCGACUCGGUCCCCAUGCGGCUUCGGCUGCACGGGUGACUUGAGUCCGAGACUAUCCCGGCACGGCAAGCGUCGUGGAUAGGAAGGUUGCUGAUUGACGCCUGCUCUCGGUUCACGCAGUUCGUCGCGUUGUGUGUGUUGUGUGGAGUGGCGGACUGGUGGGCUGGGAACGGGCUGAAACAGCACCUUCCACGGCACUCUCACGCAAGUGAGAGACACACCGUUCAACGCCCGUUGUGUGAAAUCCUGGUGUUGUGUGUAUGGGGUCCAGGUCGUGCCGUGGCGCGCGCAGUCAUGGUAAGUCGACCAUGACAGCCACCGCGCCCAUUCCCUACUCCAGUCUGCUGACCGGCUCGGACAGCGUCUGGGGUGUGGGAGUGGGAAGGGAGAGUGCGGUCGACGACUCAGCGCACUUUCUCCUCACUAUAAACAAUCUGACGCGCUUGAAGCUAUCACGGUGCGCUAAAAGCCGUGGCUUGGAAGGUUGCCGACUGACGGGAUAUCUUGGACCUCCUCCUGGACCGGAGGCGGUCUGAGAGUCAGGCUGCAAUGGCUCCGUUUUAAUGUGGCCUUUAUGGCACUCCCAUCACAGUGUGGGAUCCGAUUCAGGCGUUGGCGGCUUCAGCCGUGCCAGCCUCCAAAUCUCUCUUGUGUUGGUUGAAAUCCUGGUUAUUUCUUGUGUGGACCAGGGGGUGUGGUGGAACGCCAAGGUGAGGAUCCGUCCGAGCCAUUCACCUGCGGCCUCUCUCGUCUCCGGUCUUCUUGACUGUCUUGACACCGGGCUCGGGCGAGGGAGGAGGAGAGAGUGUAGGUAGAUGCUACGCAAGUCCACCGGCACUAUAAACCCCUGUGUAAGUCACCGUCCCUGCUCCCACUGCUGCUGCAACUGUGGGGCACACGGUGGACAUCAUCGAAACCGAUGGUAGGACUGUUAUAUUAAAUUAAUUUAUUAAAAGAUAUGGGGAGGUAGAUCAUUAUGUGGUCGCUCGAUGUUAGGGAGGAGGACUUUGGGAUAGUGAAACACCACAAUUCUAGUCACCUCCAGGGAUAAGAUACGCCGAAAAUGAACUAGAGAGCACGCAUAUAAAGGCGGAAGAGCUUGUACGUCACGUUUGCCAACGGGCAGCCAUACUCGAUCAACUAGGCAAUGACGAGAGAUACGAAUUCCAAAUUAUGUGCAGCCCAUUUUGAACAAACUUGGGGAAAUCAAGACAGAUUCCCUUCUUCGGCGUAUUCGUGAAGGUGGACCACAAUUUAAGAUUUCUGAUGAUCUAAGUUGGUACGUACACAAACAUUUGUCCAUAUCUAUCGAUAAAACAUUGAUUGAAGCCUGCUCGUUAGGUCCUACGUUUUGCAGUCUUCGCUAGAAACCAAACACAAUUCGAGAACCUCUUGAAUCAAAUGCAUGAACUUCAGGCUGUUUCAGCAGUGAGCGUACAACAAUCUGCUUACUAGACCAGAUGAGGGGACUAGCAUUGUCCUGAUGGACAGGGUAGACUAUAUUACAAAAAUAAACUCAAUUCUGUCGAAUAAGGAAAGGUUUAGAAUGGCAGAAAAGUAGAAGUAUCGUACAGAGGAGAUCGAAAUACAACUGACUAACUGCCUGAAAAAAAUUCACACGGAUGCUUGCAUACGCGAGAGCGUAGAGCGCAUCCCAUCCGUCGGCACGCAUAUACUUUAGUUAUACGGCUGUCCGAAGAUCCACAAAGAUGGCAUAUCGGAUCGUCCAAUCCUCGAUAUGAGAAACUCGCCGUACCAUGCAAUACCGAAAUUGCUGGCGGAGGACCUAUAGCCUCUGCUGUAUCAACUAGCGCCACAUAGCUAUCAGGAAAACUUUGAAUUCAUUAAGGACAUGAAAGACCCCGAUCGGAACGAAAUGCCUGUGCUCUUGUUUGAUUACUCGUGAAUGUUUACGAACGUACCGGUAACGGAAACAGUCAACUACAUCUGUGGUAAAGUAAGUUAUUUUUAAAGACAUAGUUUUGAAUGGAACAAUGUUAAUAUUUUGCGCAUAAACAAUGUGUUUUCUAACAUUUAUUAUUUCAUUAGUUGAAAUGCAUUCAUAUAAUUUUGAAUCCCAGCAGCAUAGAGCUCAAAAUAAAUCACUAUGAACACUUUCUUAAAAUUGUCAUCAGGCUCAAAAGGUCUAAUUUGGACCGAAUUACCGGCGCAUAUUUUAUUUCGGUUGUAUUUGUCGUUAAUGACGAUAAUUAUUAUGAUGAUGGUGAUGAUGAUGAUGAUGAUGAUGACGAUGCUGAUGAUGAUGAUGAUGAUGAUGAUGAUGAUGAUGAUGAUGAUGAUGAUGAUGAUGAUGAUGAUGAUGAUGAUGAUGAUGAUGAUGAUGAUGAAAAUCGUGGAUGCGAAGUGGACUAUUUGGAUUCUGUUGGUCACCGUGCCAGCGUAUUCACUAAGACAGAGGACGACGAAGCGCAUUUCAGCAAUAAUUGGUCAUAUGUGGUUAUGUAG